AUGAUGAACAUACACACUUGGAGCCAGCGCGGCGUCGCCCCCCGCCCGGGCUCCUCCCCGCCCCCUGGGCCAAGCGCGGCCGCAGUCCCGCCUGCCACGCGCAGAAGCACCUGGAACCGCCUCACGUUCAGCCCCAGACGCGCAGGAGCCCCGCACGCACCCGCGCUCCGCCUCCCACGGCAGGGCCCGGCGGGGAAGGGUCGAAGGUCCGGGCGCGGGGCCGGCGCCGAGAGAGAGAGAGAGGAGGGGGCGAGGCGCGGGCGGAAGGAGGCGACGCCGCCUGACGAGAGCCGGCGCCCGGCCCCUCGCCUGCAUGGCCGCGUAGCCCGGCCGCACCUGGGCGCGACGUGGGGCCGCACUCCUCGCAGGGUCGCCGCUGAGUUCGCAGCCGCGGGCGCCAGCUCGGAGAUGGAGCCGUGGUCCUCCAGGUGGAAGACGAAGCGGCGGCUCCGGGCCCUCGGCGUCGCCAGCCUCGCCCUGGUCGUCCUCCUGCAGGCCGGCGCGGCCGGCGGAGCUGCUCCUGUUGAUGUACUAAAAGCACUAGAUUUUCACAGUUCUCCAGAGGGAAUAUCAAAAACAACAGGAUUUUGCGCAAACAGAAAGAAUUCAAGAGGUUCAGAUACGGCUUACAGAGUUUCAAAGUUAGCCCAACUCAGUGCCCCAACGAAACAGUUAUUUCCAGGUGGAAGUUUUCCCGAGGAUUUUUCAAUAUUGUUUACAGUAAGACCCAAAAAAGGAAUUCAGUCUUUCCUUUUGUCCAUCUAUAACGAGCACGGCAUUCAGCAAGUUGGCGUUGAGGUUGGGAGGUCACCUGUUUUUCUGUUCGAAGACCACACUGGAAAGCCUGCCCCAGAAGACUAUCCCCUCUUCAGAACUGUUAACAUCGCUGAUGGGAAGUGGCAUCGGGUAGCAAUCAGUGUUGAGAAGAAAACUGUGACAAUGAUUAUUGAUUGUAAGAAGAAAACCACAAAACCACUUGACAGAAGUGAGAGAUCAAUUGUUGAUACCAAUGGAAUCACGGUUUUUGGAACGAGGAUUUUAGAUGAAGAAGUUUUUGAGGGGGACAUCCAGCAGCUCCUGAUCUCCGGGGACCCGAAGGCGGCGUAUGAUUACUGUGAGCACUAUAGCCCAGACUGUGACUCCUCGUCACCCGCGGCCGCACAGGCGCAGGAACCGCAGCCCGACGAGUAUGCACCUGAGGAUAUAAUCGAAUAUGACUAUGAGUAUGGGGAAACAGAAUACAAGGAGACUGGGAGUGUAACAGACAGACCCACUGUAGCUGAGGAGACAGUAGCACCGACAGAGGCAAAUAUUGUGGAUGAUUUUCAAGAAUAUAACUAUGGAACAAUGGAAAGUUACCAGACAGAAGCUCCCCAGAGGGUAUCUGGAUCAAAUGAGCCAAAUCCAGUUGAAGACGUUUUUACUGAAGAAUAUCUGACAGGCGAGGAUUAUGAUCCCCAGAGGAAAAAUUCCGAGGAUAUUCUAUAUGAAAAUAAAGAAAUAGACGGCAGGGACUCUGAUCUUCUGGUAGAUGGAGAUUUAGGCGAAUAUGAUUUUUAUGACUAUAAAGAAUAUGAAGAUAAGCCAACCACCUCCCCUAAUGAAGAGUUUGGUCCAGGUGUGCCUGCAGAAACUGAUUUCACAGAAACAAGCAUAAAUGGCCAUGGUGUGUACGGAGAAAAAGGACAGAAAGGAGAGCCAGCUGUGGUCGAACCUGUGUGGAUGCUUGUUGAAGGACCACCAGGGCCAGCAGGACCUGCAGGUCUUAUGGGUCCUCCAGGUUUACAGGGCCCCUCUGGACCCCCUGGUGACCCUGGUGAUAGGGGCCCUCCAGGACGUCCUGGUUUGCCAGGGGCUGAUGGUCUGCCUGGUCCACCUGGUACCAUGUUAAUGUUACCGUUCCGUUACGGCGGGGAUGGUUCUAAAGGGCCGACUGUCUCUGCUCAGGAAGCGCAGGCUCAGGCCAUACUGCAGCAGGCGCGGAUUGCUUUGAGAGGCCCACCUGGCCCAACAGGCCUGACUGGAAGACCAGGUCCUGUGGGAGGACCUGGGUCAGCGGGGGCCAAAGGCGAGAGUGGCGAUCCUGGUCCUCAGGGCCCUCGAGGUGUCCAAGGUCCCCCUGGCCCAACAGGAAAACCUGGAAGAAGGGGUCGUCCGGGUGCAGACGGAGGAAGAGGAAUGCCCGGGGAGCCUGGAUCAAAGGGAGACCGAGGGUUUGAUGGACUUCCAGGCCUGCCAGGAGACAAGGGUCACAGGGGAGAAAGAGGCCCCCAAGGUCCUCCUGGUUCUCCUGGUGAUGAUGGAAUGAGGGGAGAAGAUGGUGAAAUCGGGCCAAGGGGUCUUCCAGGUGAAGCGGGCCCACGAGGUUUGCUAGGACCAAGGGGAACCCCAGGACCUCCAGGACAGCCUGGUAUUGCAGGUGUAGAUGGCCCCCCAGGACCAAAAGGGAACAUGGGUCCCCAAGGAGAGCCUGGACCUCCAGGCCAGCAAGGAAAUCCUGGACCUCAAGGUCUUCCUGGUCCACAAGGUCCAAUUGGUCCUCCUGGUGAAAAAGGACCACAAGGAAAACCAGGUCUUGCUGGGCUUCCGGGUGCUGAUGGUCCUCCUGGUCACCCUGGAAAAGAAGGCCAGUCUGGAGAAAAAGGUGCUCUGGGUCCACCUGGCCCACAGGGUCCCGUUGGCUACCCUGGUCCCCGAGGAGUAAAGGGAGCAGAUGGCGUCAGAGGUCUCAAGGGAUCCAAAGGUGAAAAGGGUGAAGAUGGCUUUCCAGGGUUCAAGGGCGACAUGGGUCUUAAGGGUGACAGAGGAGAAGUUGGCCAAGCAGGGCCACGAGGAGAGGAUGGCCCUGAGGGCCCCAAGGGCCGUGCAGGUCCUACCGGAGACCCCGGUCCUGCGGGCCAAGCUGGAGAGAAGGGGAAACUUGGAGUUCCAGGAUUACCAGGAUAUCCAGGAAGACAAGGUCCAAAGGGUUCUACUGGAUUUCCUGGGUUUCCGGGUGCCAACGGGGAGAAAGGUGCACGGGGAGUAGCCGGCAAGCCGGGGCCUCGGGGGCAGCGUGGGCCAACGGGUCCUCGAGGUUCCAGAGGAGCAAGAGGGCCCACAGGGAAACCGGGAGCCAAGGGAACUUCAGGUGGUGAUGGCCCUCCUGGCCCGCCAGGGGAAAGAGGACCGCAAGGACCUCAGGGACCCGUUGGAUUCCCUGGCCCGAAAGGCCCUCCUGGUCCACCCGGGAAAGAUGGGCUACCAGGACACCCUGGGCAACGUGGGGAGACUGGAUUUCAAGGCAAGACUGGACCCCCUGGGCCAGGAGGUGUUGUUGGACCACAGGGACCAACUGGUGAGACCGGGCCAAUAGGGGAACGAGGGCACCCCGGCCCUCCUGGCCCUCCUGGGGAGCAGGGUCUUCCUGGCGCUGCAGGCAAGGAAGGUGCAAAGGGUGACCCAGGUCUUCCAGGUAUCUCAGGGAAAGAUGGACCUGCAGGAUUACGUGGUUUCCCAGGUGAAAGAGGACUUCCUGGAGCUCAGGGUGCACCUGGACUGAAAGGAGGAGAAGGUCCCCAGGGCCCCCCGGGGCCAGCGGGCUCACCAGGAGAACGCGGGUCCGCAGGCACAGCUGGCCCCAUCGGUCUGCCGGGGCGUCCAGGACCCCAGGGACCUCCUGGGCCAGCUGGAGAGAAAGGUGCCCCUGGAGAGAAAGGUCCCCAAGGCCCUGCAGGGAGAGACGGUGUUCAAGGUCCUGUGGGGCUCCCAGGGCCAGCUGGUCCUGCGGGCUCUCCCGGAGAAGAUGGAGACAAGGGUGAAAUUGGCGAACCAGGACAAAAAGGCAGCAAGGGUGACAAAGGAGAAAAUGGUCCUGCUGGUCCCCCUGGCCUCCAAGGGCCAGUUGGCGCCCCUGGGAUUGCUGGGGGCGAUGGUGAGCCAGGUCCCAGGGGACAGCAGGGCAUGUUUGGACAAAAAGGCGACGAGGGUGCCAGAGGUUUCCCAGGACCUCCUGGUCCCAUAGGUCUCCAGGGUUUGCCAGGCCCCCCUGGUGAGAAAGGAGAAAAUGGUGACGUUGGCCCGAUGGGUCCACCUGGUCCUCCUGGCCCAAGAGGCCCUCAAGGGCCCAACGGAGCUGAUGGACCUCAAGGACCCCCAGGAUCUAUUGGCUCAGUUGGUGGUGUUGGAGAAAAAGGUGAACCCGGAGAAGCAGGGAAUCCAGGGCCACCUGGUGAAGCAGGCACAGGGGGUCCCAAGGGAGAGAGAGGAGAGAAAGGAGAAGCGGGCGCACCUGGCGCUGCUGGACCUCCUGGUGCGAAGGGGCCGCCAGGCGAUGAUGGCCCCAAGGGCAACCCGGGUCCUGUUGGUUUUCCCGGAGAUCCUGGUCCUCCUGGGGAGCCUGGCCCUGCAGGUCAGGAUGGUGUUGGUGGAGACAAGGGUGAAGAUGGAGAUCCUGGACAACCGGGUCCUCCUGGUCCAUCUGGUGAGGCAGGCCCACCAGGUCCUCCUGGAAAAAGAGGUCCUCCCGGAGCUGCAGGUGCGGAGGGAAGACAAGGCGAGAAGGGGGCUAAGGGAGAAGCAGGUGCUGAAGGCCCUCCUGGAAAAACUGGGCCUGUGGGUCCCCAGGGCCCUGCUGGGAAGCCUGGCCCAGAAGGACUUCGGGGCAUCCCUGGCCCUGUGGGAGAGCAAGGUCUCCCUGGAGCUGCAGGCCAAGAUGGGCCACCUGGUCCUAUAGGACCUCCUGGCUUACCUGGUCUCAAAGGUGACCCUGGCUCCAAGGGUGAAAAGGGGCAUCCUGGUUUAAUUGGCCUGAUUGGUCCUCCAGGAGAGCAGGGGGAAAAGGGUGACAGAGGGCUCCCUGGAACUCAGGGAUCUCCGGGAGCAAAGGGGGAUGGGGGAGCUCCAGGUCCUGCUGGUCCCAUCGGCCCACCUGGGCCUCCUGGCUUACCGGGUCCCCAAGGCCCGAAGGGUAACAAAGGCUCCUCCGGACCCGCUGGCCAGAAGGGUGAUAACGGCUUUCCAGGGCCUCCUGGGCCUCCGGGUCCUCCUGGCGAGGUCAUUCAGCCUUUACCUAUCCUGUCACCCAAAAAAACCAGAAGACACACUGAAAACAUGCAGUCAGAUGCGGGUGAUAACCUUCUGGACUAUGCGGAUGGCAUGGAGGAAAUAUUUGGUUCUCUGAAUUCCCUGAAGCAAGACAUUGAGCAUAUGAAGUUUCCGCUGGGCACUCAGUCGAAUCCAGCCCGGACUUGCAAAGACCUGCAGCUCAGCCACCCUGACUUCCCAGAUGGUGAAUAUUGGAUUGAUCCUAACCAAGGUUGUUCGGGAGAUUCCUUCAAAGUGUACUGCAAUUUCACAUCUGGUGGUGAGACUUGCAUUUAUCCAGACAAAAGAUCUGAGGGAGUGAGAAUUUCAUCAUGGCCAAAAGAGAAACCAGGAAGUUGGUUUAGUGAAUUUAAAAGAGGAAAACUGCUUUCGUAUGUAGAUGUUGAGGGAAAUUCCAUUAACAUGGUGCAAAUGACAUUCCUAAAACUUCUGACGGCUUCUGCUCGGCAAAAUUUCACCUACAACUGUCAUCAGUCCGUGGCCUGGUAUGAUAUGUCAUCGGGAAAUUACGACAAAGCACUUCGUUUCCUAGGAUCAAAUGAUGAGGAGAUGUCGCACGAUAACAACCCUUACAUCAAAGCCCUGUAUGACGGCUGCGCGGUGAGUCUGACCUCUGCUGCCUGCCUCCUCAGAGGCGAGAGGCAGGGGAGAAAGCCUGUUGGUGCCCAGCCGGGGUCUACUCAUGAGCGAUGA